AUGCCGGCGCCGAGUGGAAUUGUGCUGUUUUUGGGGCUUCUUCUCGUGGCUUCCGGUUACGAGGAAAGACAUUUUAGGGCAAAGCGAUCCACUUGUAACGAUUGUACCGUAUCCGGAAAAUGCCAGGCCAACCCAUCUGCCUGUAAUGAUGCAACCGACGGCUUCAUCGAAUACGCGCCUACUGUAACGUACUCGGUGGACGGGACUGGUUGUAAGACCGCACUUGUCGAGUGUGUUGGCGAAUCGGUCGUCUACCUUUGGGGGAGCUACGGAGGUCAAGGCGUCUUGUACAGCCAACAGAUCUCCAAUGAUCCAACCACCCCACUGACAGCCUCGAUUAACACCACCUGCAAUGGGGAUGGAAACUGGACGGUCUAUGGGCUUACUGUAGAUAACGUGUUUAGUUGUCAGAGCACAGCGAAACCCUGCGCCACUUGUCAGCUAGAAGCGGCUGGAGAAUGCGUGUACGAGCCGGAGAAUUGUGAUGGAGUUUUGUUGGAGUAUUCUGAACCUGAAUUUACGUCGUCGAUAAAUGCGACGAGUGGGUGCAAGACAGUUACUGUCACUUGCCGAGGCUACGAUGCUAUUUAUAUCACUGGUUUUCAAACUGAUGGCACCCCGGAACUGUUCUAUACCGGCUGGGUAGCCGAUAAUGACCACAGUGUCACCACGAUAACUUUUAUGUGCAACGGAAAUUCCACAUUAUCAUAUCCCGGGAUCUCGACGACUUAUCAGAAAAAAUUUGCCUGUCAAGGCAUUUGGCGCACCGAAAUGUAUUUUCAAAACUGCUUUUUGGCGGCUUGCCUGGUGGUAAUCACGCUGUCAGCGACUACAAAAAAGCCGGUAGCCAGUUGCAAAACAUGCAAAGCCAUCCCCUCCGGUGCCUGUCUACAGGAUUGUGCGUACUUUAACUACAAAGCCCCAACGAUUGCCUAUAACGUCUCAGCUGGUUGUAGGACAACCACCGUCUCUUGCAAGGGCUACGGGUCGGUGUACAUUAUUGGGAUAUUGCCGAGCAACGCCACUAGCAUUGUAGCCCAGGCUGAAGAUAAUGACGGAAGUGGAGCGCUCCUUGCCGCCAGUGCCACUUUCAAUUGUAACAAAAAUGGCGUGUUGACCCUCGGCGGGCGUAACAUUAGGCAAAAGUUUGCUUGUCAAGUGGCCAAGCGA